GGAAGAAGAGCACACACACACACACACACACACACACACACACAGUGAUAGCCGACUGCCGUGCUCUUUCUGCACAGAGAGAUAAAGCGAUAGCGACAAACAUUCAGGAGACAGGAAGCGGAAAACAUGGAGAAACAGGCGUGUUCUGGCUCCGAGAAUCCCGCGAUACCGCCGGUACCGAGAAAACCGCGGACUCUGGGAGUGAACGUCGCGGCUCGACAAGACAGCAGCGACUCUGCAGACAGCCCCACAGGCUCUCAUGUUGAAUGGUGUAAACAGUUGAUCGCUGCCACAAUCUCCAGCCAGAUCUCAGGCUCCACUAUUCCUGAGGUUGUGAGCCGUGACUGCAAGAUUGGGUGGAAGCUAGAUCAUAGGGUAUCCAGGAGGCCUAAUUUGAGGUCUCAGGACUCUAGAGAGGAACAUGGCUAUGAGGGUGACAGUGACACUGAGCUGCCUCCUCACGCUCUGCAGGCAUUUAAAGAUAUGCAGAGGCCGGUUCCCAUGGACGAAGUUCCCCUAGUCCCUGGAGAGAGUAUUAAAUUAACUGCUAAAGAUGUGAUGUACAUCUGUCCAUUCACUGGAGCCGUGACCGGCACGCUCACCAUCACCGACUACAAGCUUUACUUCAUCAGUCUCGAGAGGGAUCAUCCCUUCAUUCUGAAUGUGAAUUUGGGUGCGAUAAGCCGGCUGGAGACCAUCAGUGUGCAGAGCCAUGGGGAGAACACACAGGGGUUGGAGAUCGUCUGCAAGGACAUGAGAAGUCCUAGAUUUGCCUAUAAGAAGGAGGAACAGAGUAACCUGGAAAUUGUGGAGACUCUAACCAAGUGCACCUUCCCACUAUCCAAGGAUUUGCCCCUGUUUGCUUUCCAAUACACGGAAAGGUAUCCAGUAGACGGAUGGAAGGUUUAUGACCCAGUAUCAGAGUACAAGAGAAUGGGUCUGCCCAAUGAAAGCUGGACUAUCAGUAAGAUAAACAGUAAUUAUGAUGUGUGUGAUACAUAUCCUGCUCUCCUGGUCAUCCCAACUAGCAUCAAAGAAGACGAGUUUAAAAGAGUGGCGGCUUUUAGGGCCAAGCAUCGCAUACCGGUCCUCUCUUGGAUCCAUCCUGAGAGUCAGGCCACAAUUGUGCGCUGCAGUCAGCCACUUGUGGGUCCCUCAGACCGCCGCUGCAAAGAGGACGAGCGCUACCUGCAGACCAUCAUGGACGCCAACGCACAAUCUCACAAGCUGACUAUAUUCGACGCAAGGCAGAACAGUGUCGCUGACACGAAUAAGGCUAAAGAUGGUGGCUAUGAGAAUGAAAGCUUCUAUCCCAAUGUGGAGCUAACUUUCCUGGAAAUUCCCAACAUCCAUGUGAUGCGGGAGUCUCUGCGCAAGCUGAAGGAGGUGGUCUACCCCACUAUAGAUGAACUUCACUGGCACACUGCCAUAGAUGCCACACACUGGCUGGAGUAUAUCAGGCUGUUAUUAGCAGGUGCAGUGCGUAUAGCAGAUAAGGUUGAAUGCAGUAAGAGCUCGGUGGUGGUGCACUGCAGUGACGGCUGGGACCGCACCACUCAGCUCACCUCUCUGGCCAUGCUGAUGCUGGACUCACACUACCGCUCACUCAGGGGCUUCCAGGUGCUGAUCGAGAAGGAGUGGAUCAGCUUCGGACACAAGUUUGCCUCGCGUGUUGGCCACGGAGAUGAGAAUCACGCCAACUCUGAACGAUCUCCUCUCUUUGUGCAGUUCAUCGAUUGUGUGUGGCAGAUGAUGAGACAGUUUCCUUCUGCCUUUGAGUUCAAUGAGCUUUUUCUUAUUACCAUCCUGGAUCACCUGUACAGCUGCUUAUUUGGUACAUUCCUCUACAACAGUGAGCAGGAGAGAAUGGAAAAGGAAAUACAGAGUACAACAGUAUCACUGUGGUCCUAUGUUAACAGUCAGCCAGAGGACUUUACUAACCCGUUCUAUGUAAACUAUAAAAACCAGGUGCUUUACCCACUAGCCAGUCUCAGACAUCUGGAGCCCUGGGUGGGUUACUAUGUGCGCUGGAACCCACGCAUGAGACCACAGGUGCCGGUCCAUCAGAAUUUGAAGGAGUUAUUAUUUCUGCGUUCUGAGCUGCAGAAGAGAGCUGAGGAGCUCCAGAGAGAGGCCACGUCAUCACACUCUGUCUCCUCAUCCUCAGAACAUGCUUCCUCCUCCUCACAUGGCGGUACACCACUUCACACUGCCGUCUAAACGCACACACUCGCACAACACGUAUUUAAGAGCACAUACUGCGUUUACUCAGUGGACACACUCUCAAGCACAAGUAGGGAGUGAAUGAGAAUGAAGUGUCACACACACAAACACACACACAUUCCUGUUUGCGUAUUUUUAACUAUAGAGAAGUAACCUAGUAUCGCAUUUUAUAAAGCCAUUGUUUUUAUAAACUGUGAAAAAUGUAUCUUGUGACGAUACGGUUAGCAUGUCCGCAGCAUCAGUUCAUAGUAUUCUGUCUCUAGUGUUUGUGUAAAUAUGAGGAAAAAACAUAUUAAUAUAUUUGUAAAUGCAUGUUCAUCUCUCCCUGUGGCCUCACUUGCUCCUCUGUGCCAACUCAACCUUUUACAUGUUUUUUUAACAUUUGAAUGCAGUUUUAGCUACUUGAACUUAAUUUUUUUUUUAAUGUCAAAUAAUUCUUCUAUUUUUGUAUUUUAUUAUUUACUUUUCAUCUUAUGUCCACUUCGUCGUCACACUGUAGCUUGAUAGUCAUUUCAGUAUUAUUUUCUCAUAGGUCUGACUUUCACUUUGCUAAUCUAGAGAAGCACUGAAUAAAUAAGGCAUUUUGUCAUGUUUUAGUAAGAAGAUGUUUAAAUGUUGAGUUGUUACGGCUCAGUACAGGGCCGUUCCUCCCUGCCUCAUGGAAUUUUCACUGGUAUAGUUUGAAUAAAUUUGAAAUGUGUUGUCACUGAUGGGGAGGCAAAACCAGAACUCAGAAGAUUUGUACGUUAAAAUUUGAUAAUGAAAUUUAUGCACCAAUGAAUUCACAGCAUCAUAGCAAAGUAUUUGUUGUUGUUGUUGUUGUUGUUGUUUUUGAAUGAACCCCUAUUGAAAUUCAUAGUUCACAUAUUCAAGCUGAACAUUCCAGUGCUCAUAUUUAUGCAUUGAAAUUUUCUUUUUUGGGAUAUUAAGUCUAAUAUCAGGGCUGCUCAUGAACAGGCCAAAGUAGUCGGACCUGGAAUGAGAGACCAUGCUCUGCUCUGAUUGGUGUUCCAGGCUUGAGCUCUGACAUGAGAAACCUAAACAUCAUUUUUGGAAUAUCUGAUUUAAUGAACACUGAAAAAAAUAAUUUCAAUAUACACCGAUCAGCCAUAACAUUAUGAGCACUGACAAGUGAAGUGAAUAACACUGUUUAUCUCUUCAUCAUGGCACCUGUUAGUGGGUGGGAUAUAUUAGGCAGCAAGUGAACAUUUAGUCCUCAAAGUUGAUGUGUUAGAAGCAGGAGUUGGCACGGGCCAGAUUGUGAUGGCUAGACGACUGGAUCAGAGCAUCUCCAAAACUGCAGCUCUUGUGGGGUGUUCCCGGUCUGCAGUGGUCAGUAUCUAUCAAAAGUGGUCCAAGGAAGGAACAGUGGUGAACCAGCGACAGGGUCAUGGGCGGCCAAGGCUCAUUGAUGUACGUGGGGAGUGAAGGCUGACCCGUGUGAUCCGAUCCAACAGACGAGCUACUGUUGAUCAAAUUGCAGAAGUUGUUAAUGCUGGUUCUGAUAGAAAGGUGUCAGAAUACACAGUGCAUGACGGGUCAGGGCUGUUUUGGCAGCAAAAAAGACCAGCACAAUAUUAGGCAGGUGGUCAUAAUGUUAUGCCUGACCAGUAUAAGUGCUUGAUCUUGCAUGAACACAGAAGAAAAUGUUCUUUGAAUUUCAAAGAGGUUAAUAAAUAAUUCCAGAUGUUUGCAGUUCAAGGUAUUAUUUUUCAAUGCUAUGAAUCCAUUGGUGUUGAAACCUGAUGAUUUAUUAUCUUAAUUAUGGUCUCUGUUUUGCUUCCAUACAUGCUACUCUCUAAAAGGUUGGGAAGGUCCGCCGGUGGUUCGUACAUAAAACAUUCUCUGUAAUGAAUAGCUGUGAAUCAACAGUGCAGGGAUAAAACUGGAACAGGAGGCAGGUUACAUUUUUCUCAUUACAGCAACCAGACUUGAAUUACGUCUCUUAAUCAUGAAAUGCUCCAAUAUGACUUCUUUUUAUCUCUCGGUGCACACACGGAAAAUGGUGCCAAUAAAAUGUAUUCCUCCAUCCAAACGGUGACUGUAAUCCUGCUGAAAGUUUUGAUGAGAAUUGUGCUAUAUCUAAUGAGGAUACCUAAUUAAAUCCACCCCUCCUUCACAAUCUUUGCACUUUGUAUGCAUAUUUUUACCCGUCAUUUUGAUAGGAAUGUCUGUAUACCUGUUUAUUCAUGUAGUAUCCAAUCAGCCAAUCACGGAACAGCAGCUCACAAAUACUGGACGGUUGAAGUUGGGGGGAAAACACCUGCUCCUUUCCCAGUUGUUAUUGUGUGUAGCCUCACAUUCCUGUUCACACGAGUGGAAGAAAAGAAGGUUUUCUAUUCUAAACAAGGUCUGACGUGUAUUCUGAGAUGCUUUUCUGCCCACUGUGUUUGUAAAGAGAGUUUAUUCAAGGUUACCAUGACCUUCUUAUGAACUCAAACCAGUCUGCCUAUUCUCCUCAACAAAGUGUUUCUGCUCACUUACUGGAUGUUUUCUAUUCUGAGAGUGUUGUGUGUGUGGAAAUCCCAGAUCUGCAGUUUCCGUCAUAAUCAAACCAGUGCAUCUGGCAUCAACAACCAUGUCACUGGAUUACACGUUUUCUCCAUUCUGAUGUUUGAUGUGAACAUUAACUGAAGCUCUUGAUCUGGUCCUGCUUGAUGUUAUACACUGAGCUGCUGCCACAUGAUUGGCUGAUUAGAUAACUGCAUGAAUGAGCAGAUGUAAAAGUUCAUAUUCGAGUGAUCAGCAAGCAACAUCAUCUCUUGAGGGUUUUUUUGGAACAAUACUUGACAAUGUACCUGACUUUGUCAGAUUUGUGGCCAAGUUGAAAAAGCUUCUGACAUUCCAGUGAAAAAAAUAAAUAAAUAAAUAAAACAAUCCCAAAUCAAA